GAGGAGGAGGAGGCGGUGCUGGGACUGGGAUGUGCCCGGCAGCCGCCGCCGCCGCCGCCGCUCCACCACUAUGCGCCUCUGCUCUGGGCCCCAGGCGGCUGGAGGUUGCACCGGGCGCUUCUGCAAGGAGGCAGUGAGGGAGCGGGUGGAGGCCGGCGCUGGGCCCCGGGACGAGAGUCUUUGGAUCAACAAUUGCAACCCAGAAAAACAGCCCAAGUAGCAACUUUCUUCCUUAUUCUUCUAAGACAUCAACUACCAGUUUUAAUCUUCACCGUUGAGAGGGGGCAUAUAAAUAAGUUGUAGCAUCCUGGAGCACAAUGAAGGAGCUUUAAUGCACAGACAUCUGAGCAAAGUGCUGCAGCAAGUUUUGGAAGAAGGGGGAAAAAGAGGUCUGAUGGUUGCACACUCCCAGCAUUUGAAAUGGAUAGAGGGGAAUGAUGUAAUCCUUCUCAAGUUACUGAAGACACUGACCUUGAGAUAGAUCAGAUGACUGAACAUCAUGGCUGAUACCUAGGAACAAAACAUUCUUCUUCAAAGCUAAAAUGUCCUCAGAGUUACAACAAAUAAGAAAGAAUGUGAGACAAUGUUAGAAGAGCAGAUGUUGCACAGAGAUAUUUGAAAACCAAGUAGAACAUUCAGGCUGACAUGAGAGCUCCGCUGAGGGUCUGUGAGCAAUCCAGCAACAUCUGCAAAUUCUUCAAGGCGAAGGAUAAUCUGGGACUUCCAACAGAAGACAGUGAAUGUUAGCAACUUGUGGAGGAUUGUGUUCACAGGGAGAUGAUUCCUCAUGAAGUUUCUGGAUCCCUUUCAGAAACCAAAUGUGACUUUCUGCUUAGCAGACUGAAAUCAGAACCAGCCAGGCAGUGAAGCCACAGAAGUGGAGGGCAGGGGUCAGUGAAAAAUGAAAUCCAACCAAGAGAGAAGCAAUGAAUGCCUGCCACCUAAGAAGCGAGAAAUCCCCCCCACUAGCCUGCCUUCUGAGGUGAAGCCGCUAAUCCUGGCCACUGAAAACCACCGCGCAGAUAGUUUAACAUGGCUCUCGGGCACGACCAGCAGCCAAAGCAGCCAGGGUGGACGGAACAGGCCUGGAGGGAGUUCGGCGGAGGCUGGUUCACAACAGGGAAUAGGUUUACACAAAUCACUAUCUACGGGAAUAGAUUAUUCCCCACCUAGGUCUGUUCCAGCCGCCACAGUGUACCCGCCUGCGCUCACGCAGGCCGGGACGCCUGUAUCCCCGGUGCAGUACACACACUUGCAACAGUUCCAGUUUGUUGGGCCCCCUUAUAGCGGACCAUACGCCGGAUUCAUCCCGUCCCCGUUGAUCUCCCCUACAGCCAAUUCGGGAACUGGCACGGCGUCCUCUGCCACGGCCGUUGCAACCACUCCAUCCCAGCGCUCUCAGCUGGAGGCUUAUUCCACUUUGCUGGCCAGCAUGAGCCAGCAAGGGCACAAAGUGGAGCAGCAUCUAGUCAGGACACCUGGACUGAUCACAGCGGGGUCUCCUCCACCGACCCAGCAAAACCAAUAUGUCCACAUUUCCAGCUCUCCUCAGAGUGCCGUCAGAAAUGUUUCUCCUCCGGCCAUCCCGGUCCAUUUGCACCCCCACCAGACAGUGAUUCCUCACACGUUCACCCUCGGCCCCUCCUCCCAGGUGGUGGUGCAAUACGCAGAUUCCGGGGGCCAUUUCGUUCCCAGGGAGUCCACCAAGAAGUCUGAGAGCAGCAGGCUGCAGGCUAUGCAAGUGAAAGAAAUACUGAACGGUGAAAUAGAGAAGAGCCGGCGCUAUGGCCUCUCACCGUCCUCAGACGUGACUCUCGUCAAAUCAGGCAAUAAACCAUCUCAUCACUAUGAGGCCAGACACGUGGUGGUCCACUCGGGUCCUGCUGAUUACGUCGCACGGGAUUCCUCCAAUGUCCGGUCCUCUCUUAUGGUCAUCCCCAACAGCAGCACACCUACGACAGAUAUGGAGAUCCAUCAGGCUGCCAGCAGAGAAACGCCUCCUUCAGCUCACAACGAAAAGGGAAAUUUGCAUUUAGGAAAAACAGCCCACCGAUCCUACGGUCUAUCUCCACAGCAAACUGUGGGCCAGGAAGGGGUCAAAGCGGUCGCGACACUGUCCCCUCACACUGUCAUCCAGACCACCCACAGCGCCUCAGAGCCGCUCUCGGUCGGAUUGCCCACUGCGGCGUUCUACACUGGGACUCAGCCACCAGUUAUCGGCUACCUGAGCAGUCAACAGCAAGCAUUUGGCUACCCUGGGAAUCUGCCACAACAUCUGAUGAUUCCUGGUACCCAGCCACUGUUAAUACCAGUCGGCAGUGCAGACAUCGACUCAUCAGGGGUGCCGCCUGCCAUCGCCACUUCAUCUCCCCAGCUGGCAGCAGUGCCUCACACGUUCGUCACCACGGCCAUUCCGAAAAACGAGAAUUUCGGUGCUGAGUCGCUGGCGAGUCACCCGGCUUACCAGGCGGCCGUGGUGCAGGCGCAGAUCCACCUCCCCCUCGUCCAGUCCAUUCUGUCGUCCGCAGCCGCUCCUCCGACGCUGCCUCCUUACUUCAUGAAAGGGUCGAUCAUUCAGUUGGCCAACGGAGAGCUGAAGAAGGUAGAAGAUUUAAAAACCGAAGACUUUAUACAGAGUGCGGAAAUCAGCGGCGAUCUGAAAAUAGACUCUAGCACCGUGGAAAGGAUUGAUGACAGCCAUAAUCCAGGCGUUGCCAUGAUACAGUUUGCAGUCGGAGAGCACCGAGCACAGGUCAGUGUGGAGGUCUUGGUAGAAUAUCCAUUUUUUGUCUUUGGACAAGGUUGGUCAUCGUGCUGCCCGGAGAGAACGAGCCAGCUCUUUGAUUUGUCAUGUUCCAAACUCUCCGUCGGGGACGUCUGCGUGUCACUCACACUCAAGAAUCUGAAGAACGGCUCGGUUAAAAAGGGCCAGCCCAUGGAUUCAGCUAGCAUCUUGCUGAAGCACUCUAAGCACGACAGUCUAACUGGUGGAAGACAUAGGUAUGGCGAGCAGGAAAACGGGAUUGAUCCAGGAAGCGCAAAGAUGUCAUCCGAGAAUGGCGAACUGAAGUUUCCAGACAAAAUGGGGCUGCCUGCAGCAUCUAUGAUCACCAAAACAGAACCCAGCAAGCCCACGGCAACUAGGAAGAGGAGGUGGUCCGCCCCUGAAACACGAAAACUAGAGAAAUCUGAAGAGGAGCCACCGUUGACUCUUCCCAAACCUUCUUUUAUUCCUCAGGAGGUUAAGAUUUGCAUUGAAGGGCGAUCUAAUGUAGGCAAGUGAAGUCUGUGUAGGGAAUGGAAAAUUUAGGCUAUCCCUUCGUCAUUUUUAUCCAGAUUACUGUACUGUAGGCUAAAAAUAACCCAGUAUUUACAUGUUAUCUUAUUUUUAGGUUUAUGUUAAUAACCUUAUUGUUAUAGUUGCAGCUGAAUAUCAUGCAGGAGAUUGGUGCAUACCCCCCCCUCCAAAAGUGUUUGUGGGUGAUCGUUAUCGAGAACGAUAGAAAGAGGCAGUUAUCUGCUUAAUCUCCUCCCUCUGUGGAAGCAAACGUUGACAGGGCCAGGGCUCCUGUUUCCCCCCACUUCAAGCAGGACAGGCCGUGAGGCUUCCUGUGGCAAGGCAACGGGGAGUGAACUGCAGCAGAGACAGGCACUAUCGCUGGAUACCGUGAUGGUGGCCACUGGCAACUCCAUAGCUGUGUGGUCCAGAGGCCAUCAUGGAGAAUCAGGGAGACUCUGGGGCUUUGCACAAUGAAACAUUAUUUUUUUUAAUUUCCCCAAAAUUUGCCACCGGCUAUUCCACUUCCCCACCUCCUUCCUUCUAAACGGGGACUGACUGCACUAUUUUUUUUAUUAUUAUUAUUACUAUUACCCAGACAGCCUCUCAGAGAUUCCUUUCAGCUUGUUAGCGUAGAGACGUAGCAAAAGUGUAGCGUCUGAUUUUUGCUUUGCUGACUCUGGGGAUUUUAUUAAAGCAGGAGAUGGUUUGGGGUGGGCCUUCAGGGGGGUGGGCACCUUUCCCGUCCUUGCCGGCAUUCGUCGUCACUCGCGUUCAGCAUUAGAGAGAGCCACUGAGUUUUGCCGCCGACAUUUGCUUCCACGAGGUAGAAACGUGGUGCCUCUUUGGGAGAGCAAACAAAACAGUUUGCAUUUAGGUUGCAAAUCUUCGUCUUUAACUCUAGUACUGUUUUUAGUUCCUGACCACGGACAGUUAGUGCCACUUUCCAUUUUUUUUCCCCUCCAAAUUUCAGUGUAACACAAAGAAGUGGAUGUCGAAGAUGAACAUAGAAUGUCUUUAAGCACUUAAAAUGCUGUUCACAUUUUUGUUGCUGAACAUCCUGGCCCAACACUCAGCAAGUACUGUAUCUCACUUUUAAUCUCUUUGACGAGAGAGGAAAGAAAAAGGAAAAAAAAGAAAAGAAAAUCGACCUCUUCAACACUGUCAACUACAUGCAAACAAUGUCGAGAUUUUCACAAGCAAGAUGUUGAAAGUUUUUCAUGUGGUUUCAAAGGGAUGAAUGUGAAUUAUGAACUGGUUUGUGACAGUCAUUGUCCACUAGGACUACUUAAUAGGAGGCACUUUUAAAACUUUAAUGCUUGAGAAAGAGUUAAAGGCAUAUGUGAGCUGACAGAUAAUAAAAGAAUAAGAGAAAGGAGAAAGGAAGGAGAAGAAAAAUCAUUAUUGUCCAGUGUUUUUUUGAAAAGGAUGGACUUUAAAGAAUCUUGCAAUUUGCACAUCUUGAGUUUAUCAUUUGUGUGGUAUUCCUGCAGUUUUUACCUAAUAAUUUUUGGGGAAGGGAAAGGGGACUGAAAAAAAGCUUAAAACAAAUGUAGCAAUUACUUACUAACCCUGCCUCAACUCUAGGGCAAAUGUCUAGGCUGUUUUUACAGGGUUAGGUUUCCUUUCAGUUUUUUUUUCUUUCUACCAUAUCUGUCACCCUGAAUCAGGACAGAUGCUGAGAAUUUCUUUUCAGAUUCAUUAAGUUUUCCAUAAGAGACAUUUUAACGCAGAAGCAAGUUCUGGGGUUUGUUUGUUUGUUUUUGUUUAAAUCCAUGGUCAUUUUAUUGUGAAUAGUCCUCUUCGUUACUUUGAAUAACUUCCUUUCCAUUGGUAAUACUAUCUAGAUGUCAGACUGGUACAAUACAGGACAAUGGGUAGAAGAUUUACCCAGGUGAGCUUUUUUGAUGUUGUUGUAUUGUUGUUGUUACUGUUCCCAGAAAUCUGAAACAAGUUUAAAAGUGGAUCCAGAGAUCCUAACUCCUGCUGAUUCUGUGGAUUCCAUCUUGCAACCUUUCCUGACAAGUAGCCAUUUUUAAACUCCCUGUAACCGCUCACAACUGAGUGGUUUAGAGAUACCAGCCUGUGAAAAAUUCACAAUGAUAAAUAUAUAGCAGUAAUCUCUUGGGCUUUCGGGUUAGGGAUUCCUGACGAAAUACUAUGGGCAUUUUCACACUUGAGGCUUCAACUGCAUGCUUGGAUUGGUCUGUAGGACAACUUUAAAAUCUGUGUUGACACGUUCUGUCCUUCAUUAGCCAAGUUUACACAUGGUACAAAUAUUGUGAGAUGCUUGAAUAAUGCCUUUUAGCGUCUCGUGUGAAAAUGAUACAAGGCUUGUAUGAGCAACAACUGGUCCUCUGAUCUUGGUUCAGUGGGUAGGCGUGCUCCUCUUCCAUCACUUUUGCAGUAACUGGGGUGCAGUGUGAAGGCAUGGCAGGUAAGACAGACACAGAACAUGUAUAAACAGUGGCUGCCACCCUGCAUUUUUGUCCAUGAUCAUUUUACACGCCUUAGUAUAUCCACUGUCCGCAAAGGGGCUUUGUCCAAGGAGUGGACGCGUUGAUAUAGACCAGCUUGUGAGGAUAAGCUGCUGUCGUGAAAGAGCCUUAGCCCAGGUUCAGCCGGCGUUCGGCUAAGAAACUUUUGCAACAGGAGUUUGUAUUUCUUGAUCAGUACUCUUGACUCUGAAAGUGGUUUUGCUGGCUGCUUUGGGACUCUGCAAGUAGGAUGCCAUUUCAGAUAAAGAAACUCAAAAUUUAAAAUCAGACUAGGUCUCAAAAGGAACAGAUUAUUUUUUUCUCUCCACUUGCCUAGCUACAGUCUUUUUUUUUUUU